AAUUUAUUUUGUGUGAUCUGCGUCUCGUUUUUUUGGAUUUUUAAAAAAUUCAUCGAUCAGCUCGUACCUCGCCGCCGGCCACCGGAGAUCGGAGGCGCAUUCUCCGACGCGCAUCCGGACGUAGAGUCAGAGAACCAGAACGAUGAAGAUUUUCGUUAAAACUCUCAAAGGCUCGCAGUUCGCGAUCGAAGUGAAACCUAACGACUCCGUGGCAGAUGUGAAGAAAAACAUUGAAACAGUUCAGGGCUCUGCUGUCUACCCCGCAGCUCAGCAGAUGCUUAUCUACCAAGGGAAAGUUCUUAAGGAUGAAACGACAGUAGAGCAUAAUGAAGUUGCUGAGGGAAGUUUUGUUGUGAUUAUGUUGUCCAAGAACAAGAGUUCGCAGUGUGGAUCAUCUGCAUCUGCUGCCCCAUCGAAUACAGUGCAACCUGCAAGUGGCACUCCAUCAGCACAACCAGUUGCAGCAGCGUCUGCAGAUCCAUCUACUCUUGCACCCCAACAAUCAGAACCUGAAUCUGCUUCUGUUCCUGCACCUGCCUCAGUAGGCGACUAUGAUCAAGCGGCAUCCAAUCUUGUAGCUGGAACUAACUUGGAGGGUACUGUUCAGCAGAUACUAGAUAUGGGUGGAGGAAGCUGGGACCGAGAUACUGUUAUCCGUGCACUACGGGCUGCAUAUAAUAAUCCAGAGCGAGCUGUUGAAUACCUCUAUUCUGGUAUUCCAGAGCAAGCAGAAGUUGCUCUUGUUGCGCAACCUCCUGCUGGUGCCCAGCCUGUGGUAACUUCAAUCUAUGAUACACAACCAGCUGUACCAUCCGGUGGACCAAAUGCUAAUCCUUUAGAUCUUUUCCCACAGGGUCUCCCAACAAUGGGCUCAAAUGCAGGUGCUGGAAGCUUGGAUUUUCUUCGCAAUAGUCAACAGUUCCAAACCCUGCGAGCUGUUGUGCAGGCCAAUCCUCAAAUCUUGCAGCCUAUGCUUCAAGAGCUGGGAAAGCAAAACCCUCAGCUGGUUCGGUUGAUUCAGGAACAUCAGGCUGACUUCCUACAGCUAAUAAAUGAACCUGUUGAGGAGGGGGAAGGGAACAUAUUAGGGCAACUUGCUGAUGCAAUGCCACAGGCUGUAACUGUUACACCAGAAGAGGGUGAAGCAAUUGCACGUCUCGAGGCAAUGGGUUUUGAUCGUGCAUUGGUAGUGGAUGUAUUCUUUGCCUGCAACAAAAAUGAGGAGCUUGCGGCCAACUACCUAUUAGACCACAUGCACGAGUUUGAUGACUGAAAUUUUGUUGAUGUCUUCUUAUGUACAAUGUUUUUGUCUUCUUGCUAGCUCGUCGGUAUUCAUAUAUUCCCCGGACAAGAUAUAUUUUUGGAGCAUUUGUCCCAAUUCUCUGUUGCCUUUUACUGCCUAAUCAAACGACUUCGCCAUUCAUUUCUA